UUGAAUUUACAUUCGCUAUUUUCUUUCUGCCGGCUCACUCACACCGCAAAACUACGCUGUAUUGAUCGAGGUGUUAUUUUGGUUGACCAACGGAGCCAAUUUUUGCGCAACUUUUCUCUCGUAAAAGUCGUAAACUUGGCAUCAAUUAUUUACAAAGAAUUUCAGUGAAUCCUUUGUUGGGAGCUCAAUUAUAAAUUAGGCAUCAUGGAUUUCACUGGAGAUUUCACUGGGUCUGGGUCUGAUAAGGACAAGGGUCGCGAACAACAGCAGCAACAACAUGAUCUCUUGAGUGGGUUGAUGGGGUCUUCGUCUGUCAGUCAUGGAGGGGACAGCCACUUUGAAGAGGACUUGAUGCGGGAAUUUAACCAGAAAGCGACCGAGUUGUCCACAUUUUUGGACGAGUCGACCCCCAUUCAUCCUGCCGUGGCGGCUGCGGGAGGGCUGGGCGUUGAUUUGCUCAGCGCCACGUCUGUGUCUGAAAAGAGCUCCACGGACACGAGCCCAAAUCCACCAAAUCUUAGUACCCAAGCCCAGUUCAUGGAAGCUAUGGGUGGCAGUGGAGGUUCCUCUUCCGGAGGAGACUUUGACCUCAUUGGGGAUUUUAAUCAGAAAGCAGACUUUAGUAGCAGCGCGGGUGGAGAUUCAACUAAAAUUAAGGAAGAUUUAAUGUCGGCAUCUCGUGAGUAUGGUCAAGAUUCACCGAUGGAUCUCGGGUUUGAACAGGUCGCCCACGGUGGUGGCGAAAAGAAUGUCCAACAGCAUUCCGUAUUCGGAGAUCAAAUGGUGCCUCCCUCGGAACAGUGGACGGGUAUGGGACACCCCGAAGUUGACUUUCACAACACCCAGUCAGAACCGGUGAUGAAGUUUGGUGGUGCUGAUGAAGAACGUGAGUCACCUAAACUCCCGGAUGAGCCGUGUUUCAAACCAAAGCCCGAGUACUCGUCUUCGCACGGAUUAUUGGACCCGACCUUCAAUAUUGAGAAGAGCAGUUACUCGGCCCCAGAAGUAAGUCCAAAGCUUCCCAGUCCUAAACUUGAACAUUUCUACGAAGGUGUUGAAACAGGAGAAAAGGGUGGAUUUCCUGUUGCAGCUGAAAUCUAUGACGAUUAUUCACGUCGGGAUACCAUGGCGUAUCAAGAAGAGUUCGAGGCCAAGGAUUCAUUCAGAAUGACAGAUGCAGCACCCCCACCAAUUCCUAAACAUUCUUACGAAACAUCAUCAUCAUCUCCACCUCCCGUUCCUAAGCAUGCGGAUGAAGUGUCGUUUCAAGAGCAGCGGGGAGGUCCGCCCUUUAUCCAUGCCACAUACGAUGAUAAAAUUGAUGAUGAGUUUGAAGAUGACUCGUUAUCUCGACCACUAUCGCACAAACUCUCAGACUCUUUGGAGGUCUUGAAGGAGUCUCCUCAGAAGGAAAUGCAAUUGGACGAAUCGCUCAUGGAUCUCGAUGAGCUUCCGUCUUCCUCUUCAUCCAACGCCUUUGACAAGAAUAUUUCUGGUGGUGGGGACUUUGGCGGUGGUGAAAUUCCAAGGGAAAUGCUCGAAUCAACCCUCUUCUCUCAACAACCUCCCACGUCCGUGACGGGUGGAAUGAUGGACGAGGAAGAAAAAUAUGAGUUUACUCAUGAUGUCGACCAAGCCAAACCGGUAGCUUCCAUCCCACCGUUUGCAAAUCAACAACAACGAGUUGAUGACAUUCAACCACCCAAAUUCUAUGAAAGUGAAGAGAGCUCUUCCCAACAGAGCAGUAAGGACAAAGAUCGGGAUUCACCGUUCUAUUCCCCCUACGACAAGAAGACGGAUCACUUUGAGAGUAGUCCGACUCCUCCCCCUCAAGAACAACCAGAGGUUGUCGAGGUCAAGCCACCAACCAUUCCCAAGACUGAGAUGUCCGUGGCUCCCACCAUCGUGGAGAAAAAGGUGGAACCACCUCCCCCUAUUCCCGUUCCAGAGGAAAAGCCAAAACCAAAGGUGGUGGAACAACCGCAAGGGAAAAAGGCCACCGCGCGCCACUCGGUCGAAGUCACGGACAAUUCAGACUUUGAAAUUAGCGAAGAGAUUCAACAGAUUCUCAACACAUUUAAUCCAAGAGCGUGGUUUGACCCUGCAAAAUUGCAUCCCACAGUGAGCGAACUCGUUUACUGGAGGGACCCCAAGAAGUCUGGCGUCGUCUUUGGAGCUAUCUUUGUCGUUUUGAUCGCCUUGACCUGUUUGUCUCUCAUCAGCGUCGUUGCAUACACUUCCCUUGCCGUGCUUUCAGGCACCUUCGCGUUCAGGGUGUACAAGGCCGUACUCCAAGCUGUUCAGAAGACCACUGAAGGUCACCCCUUCAAGGAUUACCUGGACUUGGACAUCACGUUUUCUGGAGAAAAAGCCCAAGAGCUGAGCAACGCUAUAAUCAACUACGCCAACACCGGUAUCCUCAAGUUGCGACGAUUGUUCCUGGUUGAGGAUUUUGUGGACUCUGCUAAAUUUGGAGUAUUUUUGUAUGUCCUCACGUACAUUGGUGGAUGGUUCAACGGACUCACCCUCAUCAUCUUGGGUGCCAUUGCUCUGUUUUCACUCCCAAAGGUCUACGAAACCAACAAAACGGUUAUCGAUCAAUACAUCGAUCUGGUCUGGGGAAAAGUGUCCGAGAUUAAUGCAAAGGUCACCGCUGCAGUUCCCUUUUUGAAGAAGGAGAAAGCUCAGUAAACUGUCACCGUCAUCAUCACAUCUUUUCAUGAAAGCAACAAGCAUAAUAUCCAGCCCUCCUAAAUAUAUAAAAAAAAAUCAACUAGUUGUGGAACAUGAAUUUUGAGUAUGUAUCAUCGAAUGGAUCAUGUGGAUGAGUAUAAUUUUGUAAUUGUUACGUAUUGUAAACGCGGCUGUAUUAUUUACUUUUUAUGCUGAGCACUGAAUACUACCAAUUUUGUUAUUAGAAAACUAAGAAUGUUAUCAAAUUACUUCAACCCAAGAAAUAACAUAAAUGUUCCCUCAUCGUCGUCACUACUCACUCAAUUAUUACUCUUGUAGUACCAUUAUUAACUCUAACAAUAAGACAUAGUGCAAAUUUCACGAACUAAAUAUUUCAUGUUAUUGCUCGCAGCGUGCUAUCAGUAGACUGAUAAGGUUUUGUUUUUGAGUAUGUCGGCAGGUUCAAAAUUAAUUACUUCAUUUGCAAAGUUUAAGUGGCAGGGCAAGUCCAUUAUUCUUAUUUUUAACAAGGAAUAAAAUCUUGUGAGCCUGUUGUCACAUUUAUGUAUGUAAAACCA